UAAAUAGUGACAGAGGUCUAAGCCUCAGACUCUGCAGAGAGGCAUUUCAGAGAGGAAUCUGGGAGAAGCUCACUCACAAAAAGGAGAAAGACUUUCAUCUUGAGAAUGGCUGGUGUCUGGUUAUUGGUCAACAUCCUUCUAAUGGGCACUACUGUCCUUGAGAAAGGAGUAUGCGCUGAACUUCAAAGACCCCGUGGACCUCCUGGAUUCCAAGGACCUCCCGGACCCCAAGGACCUCAAGGGCUUCCUGGUUUUCCAGGGCUUGCUGGUUUUCCAGGGCUUCCUGGUCCUCCUGGUGCACCAGGAAGUCCAGGAGAAAUUAUACAAUGUCCGUGCAACAGACAGUCAGCCUUCACUGUGAAGCUCAGUGGCAAGCUUCCUUCACCUGCUAAGCCUGUCACCUUCACGGAGGUGCUGUACAAUGCCCAGAACGACCUGAAGGAAGAUACCGGGGUGUUCACCUGCAGGGUACCAGGAAUUUACCAUUUUCACAUUGACGUAGAGCUUCAACACUGCAAGAUGACAAUUUGGCUGAUGAAGAACCAAACCCCAGUCUUAGAAAAGCGUCAGUUGUCCACGAAGGAGUACAGAAAUCUCUCUGGCACUUUGACCCUGCCGCUGAACGCAGGUGAGAAGGUAUGGCUAGAAGCAGAAGUGGAAACCGAGGAGCCUAGCCAAGCCAGAACCACAAUCUAUUUCUCAGGUUUCCUGGCUUAGUGUUGGUCUGCAUGGAAGAAAGAUAAGCCCCUUAUGAUCCUGCUGCCUAGAACAAACACACAAAUAAAUAUUAUGCACCAUA